AUGAAAUUUGCAAUUGUUUUACUCUUAUCUCUGAUUGCAUUUGCCGUGCCAACGGCAGCUGACCCCUUUCAGCCGAACAGCAAGCUCGGAAAGGAGUUGUUGGAUCUGACUGAAGAGAGAAUCAACCAGCACAGCAACAGCUCCUAUUACCAGAAGAUCACCAAGUACAUUGACGGUGAAAUUAAAGGUGGGGAAUUGAUGCUUCAGGCGAAGUUUCGCAUCGAAAUGGGUCACACCAACUGCUUGAAGUCUAGGGUAAGAAAAUUGUAGAGAUAUAUCAGGCUGUCGGGAAAAUAAUGAGCACUCUGUUGUAUCGAAAAUCGCAUCGCCGCCGAGAAAAUCUACGCCGCUGAACCGAACUGCAACAUAAAAAUCGUUCUAAUUGCAGAAGGAUUGCAAGACCGCGGGGAAAGUGACCACCAAAAAGCGAACCUACUACCAGGUUGAGAUUCAAGUUUCGUACAGAAUCCAGCACUCUCGGGUCUCCUUCCAACCCAUUCCAAAGCCGGACGUGUCAGGAAAGUCGACCACCAUUUCGAUCAGCUAA